GUGAGUCAGCUUGCUGCUUUGCUUGAGCCCUCGGAGUCAGAAAACAAGGACGAGGCCAGACGAGUCAAGGUGAAGAUGGAAACGACAACAUAUGAUUAUGACUACGAUAACUACAGUGAUGAUCCGGCCACACUUGUUGCACCGUGUAAUCGGGAUGUCGACAACUAUGUGGGAGCUCAGCUGUCCGUCCUUUACUACUUCAUGUUUCUCUUCAGUCUCUUUGGCAAUGGACUUGUCUUGACCAUCAUCUAUCGGUUCGAGAAGAUGACCACUGUUACCAACAUCUUGCUGUUAAAUCUGGUGAUGUCCUCACUGAUCUUCAUGAGCAGCCUUCCAUUUCUGGGAGUCUACAUGCAGCUCUCCAACUGGAUAUUUGGCAAAGUUAUGUGCAAGAUAGUAGGCACUGUCUACUAUCUUGGUUUCUACAGUUCUGUCCUCUUUCUUACUCUUUUGACCUUUGACCGCCACCUUGCUGUUGUUUACUCCUUGAGUACAUCUCGAAUUAGGAACCAAAGCUAUGCAUUUGUCUCCUGCUUUGUGGUUUGGUUGAUCAGUAGUUUGGCGUGUAUUAAGCCCAUAAUUCUCCACACUACUUUCAGUAAUUACAUUAACAACAACACAUACUGUCAAGAAUACCCUGGAGACUAUCCUUCCAUAGAUGUGUCUCAGUUAAGAAUAUCUGGGUUUUACUUACAGCUUUUACUUUUCUUUCUGUUCCCCCUGACAAUUAUUGUGUACUCCUACAUUAGAAUUGCCAUCACUGUCAUAUCAUCCAAACUGGUUACAAGGUUCAAGACAGUGAAGCUGGUAUUCAUCAUCGUGCUGCUGUUUUUUAUUUGCUGGACCCCAUUCAACAUUGUACUCCUGAUACAUAAUGGAUCUGCAAAUUGUGAGCAAGCACAGAGACGGAGCUAUGCCCUUCACAUAACACGUAACUUUGCUUACAUCUACUUUUGCAUCAGUCCCAUCUUUUAUACUUUUGUUGGGAAAAAGUUCCAAACUUACUUUCAACAGUUGAUAAUGAAACACUUCCCACAGUUAAAGAAGUAUUUCAGAAGCUCACAAUACAGCCAAACCAAUACGUCCACUAAAAGUACACCAUACUAGUUUUAAGAAUGUCAAGGUUUCUGUUUCUCAGAACUGUUAGACUGCAUUUUACAGUGUCUAAUUCUGUCUUUGCAAGCAACAGAAAAAUGCGUCAUAAUAACGGAGUUCUAGAAGGGAUGUAAUGUUUUUCAAAAAAAAUGUUUUUUUUUUUGGUACAAUGUGACCCUGCAUGUUUCCAUCCAUUUUCUAUACUGCUUAGCAGUAUUUUUAAAUGUACAUAUUUAACAAUGAAAAUAAGAAAACAAAUACAUUUUUGGGGGUGGGGGGUGUUACAUUUAUUAAUUUAAGGAUGGCCCAUUUGACGCCCAACAUAACAUGUUGAAUUAAUAAAUUAAUUCUGAAUAAUAGAAACAGAUGAAAGAACAAGAGGUGCCCAACUCUUGCGGAUGAUCAGAACAAUGCCUUUGAAAUUAUGUGGCGAGUUUGUCAACAAAAAGAAAUACAAAACAAAAAUAAAACACAAACAUAAAUAACUAAGAACAUUCCUACUAACUGUAUGAGUUUACUGAAAUACACAUUGAAACUGAAAGUCCAUCCAAAUCAAUUGGAUAUAGAAACAACCUGUUUCUAUCAUAAAACUCUGUACAGGCAUUUUUAGUAAUUUGAUAUUUUAUCAUUCCUAACGUCGUACAACGGUUAAAUGACGUUGACCUCCUUUUGGAAAAAUAAGUUUCACAGAGAAAAAGCAGCAUGUUAUAUGCGACCUAAGGACUGUUUAACUUCAGAGGUUUCACUGUAGUAGUUCUGGUACCAUGAUGGAAGAAAGAGAACUUGCUGGGUUUUUUUUCCUUUUUUUUUGUUUUAAACAGUCACUUCCCUAAAACCAACUCCAAAAAUGUUGUGCCUGUGAAAGCUAUGCAAAAUUAUAAUUUGACGGCCACAGUUCCAUCAGUUAAGAGACAACCCACAAAUCCUAGACAAUACCCAGCAAAAAAAAAUAAUUAAUUAACUUUCCAAAUAGUUCGCUGUAAGCACAUUGAGAACUUUAUUUGUCACAGUGAUAAAAUAAAGACAGAGGAGAUACUUUUACAGUAUCAAGCAAAUGACAAAAAAAAAAAGGUUCUGUACAUAAAGUACAUCAGUUCACUUACACCUUGGCUAUGUCCGGCUGCUUCAUUAUAUUCACUUACAAAUGAGUAAGUGUGACAUUUUGUACUCUUGUGAUUUAAAUGAACUUGGGAAAUAAAGCCAGUAAUGAGUAAUUGCACGACCAGAAAUAUUGCUGACAGAAAACAAGGUCAUGGAAGGAUUGUGUUAAUAAAAACUACAGACUUUGGUAAACAACCAAUAUUGCAGGACAUAUUUUCUGUGCACCAAUAUAACUUGAUGCCCUGCCUGGAUCCGCAGUUUAUGACAUUUUGGACGGCAGGUCGACUACUCAGCAUAAUUAUGAUUUUAAAUUAGAUUUUUGAAAACUAUCUUAUUUUAUUAUUUGUUCCUAAAUCAUCACCUGGUCAUCUUCAUGCUUUUUAUUAUGUAUCAUUGUGAGUAUGCGUGGGGUUGGUCUCGUUCCAUCCCUGAUUUAAGAACUAACUGAUUCACCCUUUUUUCUAUUUCUUAUGGAAGCAGUUGUACAAGUUGAUUCAUGGUUUUCAUAUUUGAAGUAGAACACAACCAUUUCCUUCACGAAUUUAGCAGCACUCAAAGAAGAUGCAUCUCUUGUGUAAACAAUGCUGGUGUUCAUCAUCUCAACUCUAGUGGCAGUAAUUCCAAAGAAAUAGAACCUGGCCAAAGAUUAGUUGAGAAAAUAUAAAGCCUACACGGCACCAGCAAACAUCAUCUCCAACAUACUGUUGCCUUUCAUUUAUCACAUUCCCAUUGUGCAGUCCCAGCAUGAGAUCUGAUUUAAAACAGCAGUAGAUCACCCACAGAACUACCCUCCAGCCUUCAGUGGCUUUAAAUCCCUUCGACUGAGCUUCACGCCGUGUAUGCUGUCUGGUGAUAAACUAUCCAUCCAUCCAUCCAUUUUCUGAGCCGCUUCUCCUCACUAGGGUCGCGGGCGUGCUGGAGCCUAUCCCAGCUGUCAUCGGGCAGGAGGCGGGGUACACCCUGAACUGGUUGCCAGCCAAUUGCAGGGCACAUACAAACAAACAACCAUUCGCACUCACAUUCACACCUACGGGCAAUUUUGAGUCUCCAAUUCAUGGAUGUUUUUGGGAUGCGGGAGGUUACCGGAGUGCCCGGAGAAAAACCACGCAGGCACGGGGAGAACAUGCAAACUCCACACAGGCGGGGCCGGGGAUUGAACCCCGGUCCUCGGAACUGUGAGGCAGACGCUCUAAUCAGUCGUCCACCGUGCCGGGUGAUAAACUAAUCACCUAAAUUUCUGCCUUUCUUCCACUUGUUGAAGAGGUAUUUUGUCUUUGUUUCUCUCUUCCUUCUCGAAACUUUGUUCUGUUCGACUGAUCAAGUCUGAUUCUCAAUAAACCUCAAUUAAAAUACAACAAUGGAAGCUUAAUAACUCCACUGUGACACAGUAAAACUGUUCCGGCAUGAAAGGGAUACAGAUUUUCCAUUCUGCUUGACCUAACAGCCGAACAGGACAAAAAAAACAAAAAAAAAGAAGAGAUUGGGAACACUGAAAAAAAGGUGUCACAAAUGAACUACAGUAUUUAUUAAAAGUAAGAGGUACCUUGUAUUUCAUGUCUCUAGGUAUUACACAUGUGGGAAGAAAGAGGAAGAGGAAACUUUUUCCAAAGACAUUUCAAGUGGACAGAUAUUUAUAAGCAGGGAGAAAAAAAGAUGUGCAGCAACACCAAUGCUAAAGUCACACAUUGAGGAACUUCUCUUUCUCUGCUUUUAGUGUCUUAGUUCGGCUGCAUCUCUUCCAUGGUAACAUGCCCAGCAUGUUGUGGCACAACAUGGAAUUACAGUAUCGUUGUGCAACUCUUGAUAUGACUUGCCUGUAUAUGAAGGAAAAUAAUUAUUGAAGAUGUUUCAUACAAGCAGGAGAUCAGCAACUGGGCAAGACCUUUUUAACAACAAGCAGCCAGGCUUAGCAUGACUUUCCAACAGUUUUCAUUAGCAGCGAAAGAGGUAACAGAUAAAUGACUUUAAAAUUCUUUAAUCUGCAAGGAUCAGUGAGCGAUCCAUAUGGCAAGAUUAGCAAUGUUCAGACUUUUAUGAAGUAGUAGUGUAGUAUCUGGCUUUGAUUCUAUACGGUACAUAAAGCAGACAGAUGUAUGAUUAAACUACAAAAUCUUGUCAUUUGAAGAUUAAUGUGGCAUUGUUUACUGUCAGAAGAAAGAAAGAAGAAAGUUACUUUACGAGAAUUUGGUACCUCAUCCCAUCAAACUUUUGACUUUGUUCCAGAGGACGAUGAGUAGUGUCCAGUCAACAUUGCGAGGUUAGCAUUGGAUAACCUUGCAAAACCAUACGGGCCAUAACAUCAGCUUUUGCGGCUACACUGGGACGCUGGAUGAACAUGAGCGCUGCCUCUGGAGCUGGAUGAAGACUUCCCCCUUUCACAAGAUGGGGUUCCUAAUGCUCAAGAUGGUUCGGCAAGAAUACCGGUGUGGUCCAAAGUAGGUCGCCGAGAGGACCUGGCCAAAGGAGGUGACCGAUGAGCUGGCGCCGGGGAGCUCGCGUAUUGAGUUUGCCCAGGUUUACAACAUUCAAUGUAGGCGUUCCCAUGAAACUCAGGGUCUUGCUCCUGGUCACUCGACGAGUACCAGGUUGAAUUUAUCAUUAUUCAAGUCCAGGGUGGACGACGAGCUUAACCACUUGGACACGGCUGCCCGUACCAUUUUGAUUGACUCAGCGGGGUUGUUGGGGUGAAUUUUAUCACUCAAUUUAUUUUCAGAAACCCAAUUUGUUCUGAGUUUUUGUUGAAUUUUUUGUUGUGUAGAGUAACAGUGCUGAUCAUGUUUGAGUUUUUUUUAAAGCAUAUACUGGAUGUGUUGUGAUGUUAAUAAUUCAUACACGGAGAGGAAUAAUUUGUGUCACACAUCGUUAUUAAUUGACCUUUCAUUUUUAAUAAAAUGUUGAUAUUGAGGAGUGGACAUUUCAUUUCUCCAAAAGUGUCCCUCCUCGUUCCUUAGGUGACCUCGACACCUCAAUGGGAUCUGUGGUGGAAGGAGCUAAGAUGUAAACAGAGGUUUGAGGGCCAAGGAGGUUGAAAAUAAAUUAGAUUUAGGCUUUUUAUAUCUUGCAUCAGCAU